AUGGAGCGUGAUUCCCCUGCCAGCUUUUCGCUCUUUUCCAGACUGCCCGUCGAACUACGUCUCCGCAUAUGGAACUACAGUCUCCCGGGCACGCGCAUCGUCCCUGUCCGCUGUGGCGGCGACGAGCUGGCUCCCGACUCGGCUCCGCGUCUCAUUGCGGCCACGGGCUGCACGACGACGACACCAAACCCCGCAAACCUGUCCAUUUGUGCCGAGUCGCGUGUCGAGGCUACCAAGAGCUACCGCCGCUGCUUUGGCUUUGCCCGCCAGCCGGGCCGCGUCUACUUUGACCCCCGCCGUGACGUGCUCUAUUUCGGCCCGCGCCAGGGCUACAUGGCCACCGACGCGCAGUUUCGCACCUGCAUGACCCUGUGCGACCGCGCCGAGCUGGCCGCCGUGCGCCGCAUCGCCGUCAGCGACGCCCUGUUUUGGAUCGACGACACCUACCGCUCCAUGACGGCCGCGAGUCUGACCAUGGACGUGCUGCGCAUCAUCCGCCAGGCGCUGCCCAACCUCGUCGAGCUGGUCUUUGUCCCGCGCGAGCAAGACGAAGCCUGCCGCGACCGCGACCAUCUCGACCACAUCUUGCAGCGCAUGCACCAACAGGUCGUCACAGCCAUCAACACAUUGACGGAGCAGGAGGAGGUUACUUGGACAAUGCCACGUGCGUUCCGUGACACGCAAAACAUCCGAAUCAGGACUGCACCGCAAAAAGUCAAGCCGUGCACCGUGUCCUGGCGACUGGAGUCAUCGGAGAAAACGGUCCGUGAAGAGACAGCAAACAUCGUCUCCACGCCUGUCUCCCAACCUCGUGUGAAGAAUUAUCCCCGCUACUAUCAGCAACGACAACGCGGGAUCGGCCGGAUGAAAUAA